AUGAAGUUUAUUCUAAUAGAUUCCAAUCAGCUAAUAGUACAGUGUUGGAAACACCACUAUCAGACCUGUCUCAAAAUUGUACAACAUUACAAUUUAUCUCUCAAACCCACGAUCCCACCAGCAUCGUCAGACUCGUCUGUCUCAUCAUUAUCAUCAUCACCUAAUGAAUUUGAGUUCCAUGCUUGCACCAUUGAGGAUUUUGUUUCCAGUCACAGCCUUAGCGGCACCACUUCAACGGUAUCCCCAGGUAACUCAUUAAGUUAUAUGGGUGGGGGUUUUGACAAAUAUCUAUUACAAAGCAUGCUUUUGGGGACAAAUGUUUCUGAUUACAAAGUAGUUGAACGCUUGAUACAAGAUGCUAAAUUACGACAAAGCAAUGGUUACUUGAUACCCAAUCAUAUAUAUCGAACUAAUUUGUUACAAUUGCCCACGUAUAAAGGUUACAAUUAUCGAGACUCGUUAAUUUACAAAACCUUGGGAGUUGAUGAAUUGAUUCAAAUUCCCACAAUGAUGGUACCGGAGAAGAUACAUUCAGUUAGACAUUUGUUUGAUUCGAUAUGGAGCUUGCUAUCGCAUAUACAGGAGUAUGGCGUUGAAAGAGAACACCAAAGAGAUGCAGUAUGUAAUGGAGCAGAACAAGUACGACAGGUUCAAAACCUAAUCAUUCCUGGCAUAGGUACCGGUUAUGGCCAUUUGAAUGAAUUUGAGCUGACCAAGAUUAUGAUAUUUGCCAUGUUUGUAUUUCACUUGGAUUUCCAAAUGGCCAACUCACGAUUAAAUCAGUUGAAAAAAUCAAUGUUAAUUCUAUUUUUUUUCAAUAAAGACUAUCGUUUGUUUCAAAAUGAAACCGACCUACUAGAAUUGGAAAGUUUGAUUAGUGAUUAUGGCAAGUCUGUUGAAUUGGAGCCUGACACUAUAAUGGAUUUAGAUGAAGUUUUCAAAUGUGUCAAGCUUUGA